AUGACAACCUCGGAGCUUGUGCCGCCAUCACAGGCGAGGAGGAAUAGAAGGACACGGAGAAGAAGACAGGACAAGCCCUCCCUAUCUGCUAGACUUAUUCUCGACGACCAUGAGGUCAGGGGCGACAUCGGUAUCUUGUCCGAGGACCUCUUUGCGGACCUGUUCCCCCACCUCCGUGAUGCUCCAUCCCGUGAAGACGGCUCCGAAGAUAUUCACCAUGUUGCGAUCGCUCCGUGGGAGCCGAACCCCUCUCCGACCGAAACCGCCUGGACAGUUGUGCCUGUGACCAAGUCCUCCACCAUGAAACCCUCGACCGUCCAGUUCUCUCCCUCUUCUCUGUCGCUUCAGAACUUUGCGACGAUUCUACAACAAGUCGCGCCGUCGAAGCUCUCGAGUCACAGUCGCAGCGGCAUCGAGAUACAGAUACUUGACGUGGUCGCCCUUUCGUUGGACACGGUAUUUGUGAGCCUCGAGAGCGAGUUGACGAAGCGCUUGGAGCAAGGCGAGGGAACAUUUUUCCGCGAUCAUCCUAGCCUUCCUACUGGAAAGGGACCGGCAACCCCAGACGGCCGUCUGAUUGCCGCUUUGCGCGUGGCCUUGGGCAGCCUGAUAGUGCUUCAUUCCGGCGAUCUCUUCCCCCUGCCGUUGCCUCCGCAUCCAGUCACCCACGUUCCGCCGAAUCCUGGAAAGAUCAUGCUAUGUGAGCCUGUGAGCCAGGGAAUCUUGUCUGAGAACACCAAAAUCAUUCUGAUGCGAGGACGGGUACACGCAAAACGUAGCCACGCCUCGGCAAUUCCCCCGAACCGCAGCCUGAAUGGUGUACCCGAAGACGACGAGGACGAUACAGCGAACGAUCAGUUUUACUCGGCUGCCGAAGACCGGUAUAAGACAGAUGCUGCGACUACAGAGUUGGACUCGGUCACAGAAACUGAAGAGUCGGAGCUCUCUGGCAUCGAUCAAGACGACGACUUGUCUGACGACUCUAUGGACGAUAUGAUUUCCUUACAAGCCCCGACGCUUCCCACGACAGCAAGCGGCGUAUCCACGAUGCAGCCUGGAACUCCAAUGACGAUUGGAAGAGGAAGAAAGACCAACGGAAUUGCCACGCCUGCGUCUGUAUUCUCCAACUUUACCGCGACGACUGCUCGUCCUGACAGGCCCCGAGGACGACUUUUCAAGGCCCAGGGCUUGAUUCGACCCAUUGCCGUAGAUCUUCUUCACCCCAAGCCCGCCCCUGAGGAUGACGACGAAGCCAGAAUCUUCGUAGACAUAUCAUCACUGUCCAAGAUUGGCUGUUUUUCAGGAGACUGGGUUCGUGUAGAGGCCGCCGAGGAACCGCCUGCCAACGGAUUUGGCGCAUUUGGCCUCGGAAGCUUUACGUCACUAGAGCCGACUGAGUCUAAUUGGCGGCCUGUGAGGGUGUAUGGUCUUCCUGAGGGAUAUUCGCAACGCCCGGUGACACGGAUACCUAGCGCAAAGCACGGGGAACGCAGGUUGUCAUUCUUCGAGUCUCAGCUCCAAAAGCCGACAAGCCCAGCAGCUUACAUUUCUCCAAUUCUGCUGGCCAAUCUUGAUGGGCCUCCGUAUCUGCGACUAUCACCUAUCAAGCGCGGUUCUUACCAAGGUAAGGGAACUCUACCCAAGUUCACGAGCGCUUCUCGACCGCCGUACGCUCGCGAUAUUACGAUCCAACACGUCCGGUCCCCUGUAACUGCCGAGCGAGCAUACCAGUCGGCAGUGCUGGGUGGACUGAAGCGCUACUUUGCUCAAAAGUUCCGUCUCGUUAGGACAGGAGACCUCCUUGCUGUACCUAUCGACACGCAAUUAGGAAAGGCCCUCCAAGAGCAGGCGAGCGGGAGCAAUGGAUCAGAAGUGGAUGAUGUUAUGGCUCUUACCAAGGAUGGAUCCUCAAGGGUCGAUCAAGUAGCCUGGUUCAAGGUGGGCCAUAUCCAAAUAUCCAAAACGGAGGCGGAAGACGACCAGUCAGACGAUCUAUGGGGUGGAGUUGCGUGCAUCGACAGCUCUUCAGUUGCGAUGCAUGGCUCCGGCUUCGCCACCAGCCGUAUACCCGCUACCAAGAACAGCACUUGGCCAUACUAUAUGGGCGUCAAGAAGAUGCCUUCCAAGUCACCAAGCGCGUCUGCCUUGACGUUACCUGAACAGGAUCAACGUCACAUCUCUUCCUUGAGACGGCGUCUCAGGGAGCUUCUCGCUGCAGCCACCAGUCCCAGAGCAAUCCAUCUUAAGAUGCCACCGGUAGCCAUCCUUCUUACGUCUUCUCAUCGCAACAUCGGCAAGGCAACCGUCGCGUCGGAAGCCUGCUCAGAUAUUGGACUUCACACAUAUGCUAUUGAUGCGUAUGACAUACUGAGCGAAGCCGGAACCAGUGGCAGUGAUGUCAAGACGGAAGGACUUUUAAGAACAAGGUCCGAGAGAGCGAUGAGCUGUGGCCCAGAAACCACGGCGUUGCUGAUCAAGCACGUCGAGGCGUUGACGGCCGAUCGCAUGGUCUCUACGAUGAAAGAAAUCCUGCAGGACACAAGAGUCUUGAUCGCAACGACAAGCGACGUUGACAAGGUGCCUGACGGAGUCCGCGGCCUUUUUAGCCAUGAGCUGGAGAUGGGUGCUCCUGACGAAGCUGAGCGUGAGGGUAUUCUGAGAACCAUUGUUGAAGAUCGCGGCAUCAACCUCGACCCCGAAGUCGACCUCAAUGGCAUCGCCCUCAAGACAGCUGCACUGGUAGCAGGGGACCUCGUUGACGUAGUGGACCGCGCGCUCAUUGCACAGCGCUUGCGUCUGGAGCAAAUCUCUCUCAAGACGGGCACUUCGGGGCGAACCGUCUCCGUCCGCGACCUUCAAGUCGCAGGUGGCCCGAUGGCCCGAUGUGUGACCAAGGGCGAUUUUGACGUUGCCGUUGAAGCCGCGCGCAAGAACUUCGCUGGCGCCAUCGGUGCUCCCAAGAUCCCCAACGUGACAUGGGACGACGUUGGAGGCUUGAACAACGUCAAGGAUGCCGUCACGGAAACGAUCCAGCUGCCGCUCGAGCGACCAGAGCUAUUUGCCAAGGGCAUGAAGAAGCGCUCUGGUAUUCUCUUCUACGGACCCCCCGGAACCGGAAAGACGCUGCUUGCAAAGGCUAUCGCUACGGAGUAUAGUCUCAACUUUUUCAGCGUGAAGGGACCAGAGCUGCUCAACAUGUACAUUGGUGAGUCCGAGGCCAACGUCAGACGCGUGUUCCAGCGCGCCAGAGAUGCCAGACCUUGCGUUGUUUUCUUUGACGAGUUGGAUUCAGUGGCGCCGAAGCGUGGAAACCAGGGUGACAGCGGUGGAGUCAUGGACCGUAUCGUUUCUCAGCUUCUGGCAGAGCUGGACGGCAUGUCCGGAGGCGACGACACCAGCGGCGGCGUCUUCGUCAUUGGUGCCACGAACAGACCAGACCUCUUGGAUCCUGCUCUCCUCCGUCCCGGACGUUUCGACAAGAUGCUCUACCUCGGAGUAUCUGACACCCACGACAAGCAGCUCAAGAUUCUGGAAGCUCUUACCAGAAAAUUCACACUCCACCCGUCCGUCUCCCUGCAGUCCGUCGCCCAGCAGCUCCCCUUCACAUACACCGGAGCCGACUUCUACGCCCUGUGCUCCGACGCCAUGCUCAAGGCCGUCACCCGCCAGGCCGCCUCCGUGGAUGCAAAGAUCCGCGAGAUCAACGCGGACCCCGCCGCGCUCGCCACGCGCCGCCACCAGGGCCCCAUCUCCACGGCGUACUUCUUCGACCACCACGCCACGCCCGAGGAUAUCGCCGUCAUGGUCACGGAGGAGGACUUCCUCGCCGCCAACCGCGAGCUCGUGCCGUCCGUCAGCGCGGGCGAGCUGGCUCACUACGAGCAGGUCCGCGCCAUGUUCGAGGGCUCGCCUGACAAGGAUAAGCAACAGCAGCCGCAGCAGCAGCGGCCCGCGACUGCGGGUUUGAGAGCCGUGUCGGGGUCGUCGAUCGUGUCGAGGGCUAGUUCUAAGGGCAAGGGCAAGGCCGUCGCCAGCGGCGGGAGCAAGGGCAAGGGGAAAGCUAUCGCGACGGAUAGCGAUGACGAGUACGGAUCCGAGGGCGACGUCGUCGUGAACGGCAAGGGCAAGGGAAAGGGUAAGGCUGUGGCCGGGUUCCAGGAUGGCACGGCUAGUGAUGACGAGGGAUUGUAUUGA